AUGUUUUCAAGCUUUGUGAAACUAAAUGUACAACGUACAAGCCGAGAAAUAACAAAACAAAUAGAAAGACAUAUUAAUAAGACGAGUAGUGCCCCAAACAGUGAUAUUUAUACACUUCAACAAAAUGAUAGGACAUCAAACAGGAAGUCAAACACUAACAGUAUGUGGCUGUUACACCAAAGAAAGCACAAUAACGAUAGAGCUUUAUCGACUGUACAUGCAAAGAUUUCACCGAAACUAACAAAUGGAAAAGUUUCAUUUGUUUCCAAAGAAGAAAGUCGUGAUUUUAUGGCAGUUUUCCCCGAUCUAGUCCGCGAUUUAACCGAAGCUGGUCGUCAUACUGACAUACCAGAAGUCACUAAACGGUUUGCUAAAGUACUGCAGUACAAUGUACCUUAUGGCAAGAAGACCAGGGGCUUAUUCGCUGUUAAAGCGUAUAAAAUGCUGGAAAAUCAACAAAAUUUAACCCCGGAAUCAAUUAGGCAGGCGAUCAUUUUAGGAUGGUGUGUACAAAUGUGUCAAGGUUCCUUAGUCGUACUUGAUGAUGUUAUGGAUAAUUCAGAAACUCGUAGAGGAGUGCCGUGCUGGUAUAGAAACCCCAACAUUGGUUUGAGUGCCAUCAAUGACGGUCUUCUCAUUAGAAGUGGAAUAUAUUCUGUUUUGCGUAAAUAUUUUGCGACGCAUCCAAGUUACGUAUACUUGAUGGAAUUGUUCAACGAUACCUUCUUAAAGACGGAAAUGGGACAAGCAUUAGAUACCAUGUCUCAGCAUGAUGGUAAACCCAAUUUAGACGCAUUUACCAUGAAGAGAUACAAUGCUAUAGUGAAAUACAAGACUGCCUAUUAUUCAUUCCACUUACCUGUUGGUCUAGCCAUGUAUUUAGCAGGAAUGUACGAUCCUGAACAGCAUAGACAAGCCAAGACCAUUCUUCUUGAAAUGGGACAUUUCUUCCAGGUUCAGGACGACUUUUUGGACGCAUUUGGUGAUCCUGAAGUAACUGGUAAAAUAGGAACGGAUAUAAGAGAUGGAAAAUGUUCUUGGUUAGUAGUGGUAGCUUUGCAGAGGGCAACUCCUUCUCAAAAAAAGAUCAUACUAGAAAACUAUGGAAAGGCGGAUCCUGAAGCCGAAAAUGCUAUCAAAAAAUUGUAUGAAGAUAUUGGACUGCCUAACACAUUUGCAAUUUAUGAAGAAGAAAGUUACAAUAUGAUUAAAACUCACAUUCAACAAAUUUCAAAAGGUCUACCUCAUCAAUUAUUUUUCGACGUUUUGAAUAAGAUAUAUAGGAGAACGAUGUAAUCACAUAAGAAAAUGAAGUGAGUUCACUGUUGAGUAUAUUAUACGAAAACAACAUGUAAUAAAUAGACUGACAUUAUUUUCGUUAUAUAUUUCUAAACUGUGUAGUGAAAGAGCAAUAGAUCAGUAAGUGUAUUUUAUUAAGGGGGUCAAUUCUGUGUGUAAUUUUGUGGUAAAUACAUUUUUUUUAUUGUUUUGUAAAUAAAGUAUUGUAGAUUGA